CUUCUCUCAGUUGCCGGUUGUUUACUGAUGAACGGGCAAAUGGAUACUUAUUGCAAUGAAAACUCAAAUUAUACAUCGUGAUCGUGUUAUCCUGUGUGUGCUUAUUUGAAUUCAUAAAAUUCUGGUGCGAAGCAAUAUGAACGUGUUGAUUUCACUUGUCGUUUGAAAAAUUAAUGAAGAAAAUACCUAUGUAGGCUAAGGCGAGACGCGAUCGGGAUUCUGAAGUUAAUCUUCGAGAUGGCGGCUCAACAAAAAAUGGACCGGGUGGAAUCUGGAUCAGCUCGCAGCCCUGUUGUGGGAGAGGAAGGUGUAUUUGAAGUCGAUCGUGUCAUCGAUAUCAUGUGGAGAGAUGAUUGGGAAAGCGGCGCUGGUGGUCCUCUGUACCGAGUUCGCUGGAAAGGCUUCCCGCCAAUCGAAGACACGUGGGAACCGAUUGACAACUUCACACUCGAAACUAGAAAAACUGUGCGCAGAUUUGUCAGGAGCUACAAAAAGAUGCAAGAAACGGAACGCAAGUUACGACGCUCAGUUAUGGGCGACAGCGCGGACGUGGAGUGCCGCCAUGUCAACAUCCUGAGCCGCGAAGUGAAGUGCAUACAGAGCAUGAGGUGUGACACUCAUCGCCAGCCUGCGCUGUGGUUUUACCUGGUGGCCUGGAAAGGCUUGGGCCCCGAGGACGCCACUUGGGAGAGCGAAGUCUACUUAAGACAUGCUUCGGAUCUCAUACUUCAGUACAGGACCAGCCAUCCGCUAACUCAAGGCAGGCGCAACAGCAUCAGCUCUGGAUUGUCGCCUCCUUCUAGUACGCCUUCAGAUCCUACCAAGUUGUUACUGGAUGGACCCACUCCGAGAAAACAGAAGGAGAAACUCGUAUUCGUGAAUGAUCUCAUUGAUGACAAAAUACGGUACGAGCCCAAGUCAUCAACUAAAACUACCCCAAAAGACCGCAUCGUCAUCUCCAAAAAAGCUAGCACAUCACGAACUCUGAACACUUGCGAGAAAGUCAACAGAACAAAUUCGACAAAGAAGAUCGCUACCGAUUGUCAGAAUUACGAUAUGAAGGCGAAACAAAGUGAAUUUCAUUGUCUUCCUGGAAAAUCUUCCACUAGUGCAGAGUUACACGGGAAAAAAGUAUCAACUCGCAAACUUUGCGAAACGGACAAAGCUAUAAAAUGCAAGACAAGCAGCCACAAGCAACGCACAGCCGCCCCCUCGAAAAUCUCUGGAAACCUCGAUAAUUUUGAACAAUGUGAUCAAGUCGAUGGCCUUUCAUCAGACUCGGAAAACGAUAAAAAUCCUAGGAGGGAAAAAUCUCAUUUUCGAAGACUGAUUCUUCCUGAUGACUCCACUGACUCCGAAGUGGGAUCAGAUCAGGGUCUUCGAUCGUACAAAAACAAAUACAUUAAAGAUCGCAAAAUGGAAGAAAAGAAACGUCGUAAAGAUUUGAUGGCCAAGAGAAAACUGCAUGAUUUGAAUGUAAAUCAUCAUAAACGGACAUAUAUAAGGGGAAGAGCGAAACACUUGCCUAAAAUUGUUACAACGCAAGAUUCUUUUUCAACAGAUACCACGAGAGCUAAAAGUUCUCCCAUUGUCAAGCCAUCGAUCUCUGGUACGUCAGACCCGACAAAAACGAAGGAAGAAAGCUCGAAACGUACUCGCAAUCUUCACCUCAUGCAGAAGUUAGAGAAUAUCUUUGGUUAUGAUACCGACUCCGAAGAUUUGACUUUGUCACCAGCAAGUUUUUGCUCAAGCAGCGGAAAUGUCAGCUUUCAAGGUAAAAGUAGCGAAAAAUUUUUGGAAUGGAGCACGCAAUGUCCCGAACUGCCAAGCGCUGGGCAUUCCUCACCAUUGACUUGUAAAUUGGACGAAGAUUCAUUCAAAUCGCCGUCAUUCAACACGCAAGACAACUGUGCUAUCGUUGAAAAAUCUAGAGGUUUGGCGGUUAAUUCAGGCGUAGAUGGCAAGGGCUCUUUGCAAGUCGAUGGUGCGGAGACAGCAAUGGAAGUUCUUCUGUCCGGACUGCCUGACUACGAUCCCAUUCGACGCAUGGAAACCUUUGCUUUGGAAACUUCCCACAGCUACCUCCUGACUGAAGAAGAUUUUAUUUCAGCUAUUGAGGAUGGAGAUUACAACACAGCACUGCAGUACCUCGAGUGCAGCCAGCGGAGUCUGCCACGCCUGCCGUACGCCAGUAUGCUGAUAGCCGCCCAACGCCAAGGGAGACGAGACGUUGCCCAGCUUCUCGUUGCAGCGGCGAUUGAGAGCUCCCAUGACAGACGAGACUGGCAACAUCACUGGCUGCCAGCUGUAGAAGAGGCUGCCCGACAGGGUGACUUGAAUACGUUAAUGAUGCUUGAGCAAUUGAUCCGAAGUCCAACUUACUUGUUCUCCAUUUCGGAUGAGGAAGAUACUUCACAACUCGCUCAGACCCAGGCAACUCUCGAACGCGACAAGAUGUUAUCCGCUGUCAGAUGGUCGGGUUUACAUAAUGCCGAGCGUGCUGCGCAAAAGCACAUCAUCGCGGCACUAUGCAAGAACAUUAUAUUCUGAUAUCCCGUUUGAACUUUUGUUGGUUUAAUUUUUUUUAAGGGCAAAGUUGCUAAAGCUAUUGAGACCGUUGUCAUUACAUGUUCAUACUCAAUAUGAUCGCCAUCAAACUAAUACUAAUAGUAUGGAUUUCAAUGAAUGGAAAUAACCCAUUUUUUUGUAAUGGACAGGUGAAGAGCUAUUUACAUUAGGAAUAUUUGUACCUUUAUUUAUUUUGAACAUCAUGCCAACGGAUGUUACAUGUUAAAUAUGAAAACUUGUGCUUUGAUGUUCCCAAACGAUAAAUACCACUGGUCACCGUUACUGCAAAAAUCGGAUGGAUUGGACAAAUUAUCAGUUGAUAAAAAUUUGUAUUGUAACGAAAGCUACGAAAUGCACGCGUACUUGAAUCGAUUGUUUUCACACACAUUCCCACUCAUUUGAACCUUUCCAAUACACCUGCUUUCAAGAGCAGUUGAAUUCAUCUGUGCGUGCAUCUCGCUUUCAACCAUAUGUUCAUUCAUUGUAACCUGAAUUUUGACCUGUAACUAUCUCCUUAGCGGUCGUGAACUGUUGGCUCAACGACAAUGUAGCACUUGUACAACAUUAGUAAACAUUGUUCGAGC